UGAUAUGGUAGAGAGGGCCGCAGACGAUACCUAAAUUGGCCAAUUUCUUCUAAGUGACUCGAAUUUAGAUUUAAGAAAUGAUUGGGAAUAGCUUCAUUAGGAUUUUAGAGGAGAUAUCCGUACUAAUUCUGUUUAGAAAAUCACCAGGGAAGGAAUAUAACUGAUUCGAUACAAGUUUUUAAAACCACCUGUACUAUUUGUGUACUGUCACUACUGAGUGUACUGUGUGUAAUAGCGGUGGAUAAGGAGUUAUCCGUCAAUUGUUGAUUUACGGUAAGAGUGGUCACCAUUUCGAAACUAUAUGGAUACAUAGUAUUUCUAUACCAGAGGCAGAGUUAUAAAUGGAAGCCAGUGCUUUUUUGAGGGUGUGUCAUUCUGUUUGUUUGGUUAGAUAAGGGUUAGAACGUGUAACAAACGCUAGCAGAAUGAGGAGAGUACAAUACCUUGGGCCGGGUACAUCAGAGGACCAGGGGUGCACCUUCUUGACCCCAAGAACUAAGAACGUUAUCUUCCCAAUGAGGACUUGUAGUAAGCUCCUGUUGCAACUGACACUCCUGUUAUUUUUGUUCACAUUUGCUCGAGGACAGGGCCCGGGGACAAAUCUUGAAGGUGCAGCGAGAUUUGCAGACGAGAGGGUUAAUUUCACAAUAUACGAGAACCAGCCUCCCGGGACGGUUGUCGGGUUCAUUCCAAUCAAAUCAGGAUUCACUUACAAGUUUAAUCAACAACCGAAAGAGUUCACAUUAGAUCCAAACACUGGUGAACUCUCGACAAAUAUGACUUUAGAUCGCGAAGGAUUAUCUAGCGAUCGCAUUAAUCUCUUGGUGCUAAGUAGUCAUCCAGUUUAUCCAAUCGAAGUUUAUAUCACAGUCAAGGAUUUAAACGACAAUGCUCCAGUAUUUCCUCAUCGUAGUGUCGAAGUUAAAUUUCCAGAAACCGCACUUGUCGGUGCUUGGAAUAUCUUAGAUAUGGCAGUCGAUGCGGACAUUGGUGAUAACGGGACAGUCGAUACUUACAAAAUCAUCUCCGGGAACGAUGACGGGAAAUUUGCCAUCCAACUCUCAGCUAAUGAUACAAAUCCACUUCUCUUCAUCAAAAUCAAGAAGAAAUUAGAUCAUGAAGAAAAAGACUCUUAUCAGUUGAACAUCUCCGCCCAAGACAAAGGUACACCGCCAAGGUUCGGCUACCUACAAAUAAACAUUAGCGUCACUGAUAUUAAUGAUAAUCCGCCCAAAUUUGAUCUCAGUUUUUAUACGGCAAGGGUGAAUGAGAGUGCACCAAUUGGAACGACUGUGAUACAAGUCCGCGCUACGGAUCUCGAUACUGGCAUAAAGUCUGAUAUCAUCUACUCUGCUGAUGAUGAAUCAAUGUUUACAAUAGACUCGCUGACGGGCGUCAUUACAACCACACUGAAGCUCGAUUGCCCGAAAUCCUGUAAAGAAGCUCUCACUGACUGUAAUGAGUAUGAGAAAAUUAGUACUUGUGUCAUCAACGUUCAAGCGAAAGAUGUUGACCGCUCUGGAAAUUCUGGAUCACUGGUUGGAAGAGCUAGGGUCAGCGUGACAUUGGAUGAUGAAAAUGACCAUAGUCCUGUCAUCAAGUUCCAGUACGCUGGUGGUCUGGAUGUCGCGGCUGUGGAUGAAAGUGCUCAGGAUGGAGAUAUCGCAGCGUUCGUCACUGUCACUGAUAGCGAUGCUGGAACAAAUGCUGAGACUAUGCUCCAGCUCACUGCUGGAAAUGAACUUGGACAUUUCCGAUUGGACAAACUUGUCAUGACACACUAUGUCGUCAAAGUUGCCGGGAGAAACUUAGAUCGAGAAAAGAUCAACAAAUACAACCUGACUUUAGUUGCCACGGACAAGGGAACACCGCCAAGAAGUUCAACUGCUUUCUUGAUUGUGCGGGUGAAUGAUGUAAAUGACCAUGCACCGGAAUUCCAGAAGACUAGUUAUCACGUUGAGCUAAGCGAACUUGUCCAAAUUGGAAGCUUCGUUGUUGGAAUAACGGCAACAGACAACGAUACUGAUUUCAAUGAGCAAUGUCAGUGCAAGCUCCGAUAUGCUAUCGUUUCUGGCAAUGAUCUUGGGUGGUUUCAAAUCGACAAAGACACGGGACUCGUCUCAACGAAGACCUUAUUAGACCGCGAGCAACGUUCAUUAGUGAACUUGAACAUUUCUGCAAUGGAUUAUGGUUCCCGACCUCACAUUUCUUUCACCAGACUUGCAAUAAACAUUUUUGACGAGAAUGACAUGGUUCCAACAUUCAGCCAGAUUACAUUCAACAUCGCCAAAACAGAAGGUCUUCCAGCUGGAACUGAAAUCCUAACAGCAACUGCUGUUGAUAAUGAUGGUGGCGUCAAUGGUACUGUGGUUUAUUCUUUAUUACCCGAAGUCAACCACAACUAUCCAAAAACAUUCUCAUUGGAUUCAAAGACUGGUCGUCUCACUACGAGGAUGACUCUCGAUCGGGAAGUGGUGCCAUUUUAUGUUGUCAAGAUCAAGGCGCAGGAUGGCGGUACUCCGUCCCUGUCUUCAACCACUACUGUUUAUCUGAACGUAACAGAUAUCAAUGACAAUCCACCUAUCUUUUACCCACGGAACUACUUUGCGACUGUCAUGGAAAAUAAACCAUCUGGAACCACAGUUGUGCAGGUGACGGCAACAGAUUUAGACGCUGGAGAAAAUGGUCGUAUUCUUUACUCCAUCGUUGAUGGUGGAGAGGGGAAGUUCACCAUCAGUAGUUCCACAGGGUGGCUGACCACAACGGCGACCUUGAACAAACAACAGAAAUCCAAGUACACCAUUAAUCUCAGCGCUAAAGAUCCUGGCAAUUUAGUUGCACCUGCGCCAGCCAUUGUCGAAGUCUCGGUUAUUGACAAGUUAGCAGUUUCACCUGUAUUUAGUCAAUCGAGCUAUGUUUUCCUUGUUGAUGAGGACAGUGACGAUAAAACACCAAACAUUGGAACUAAAAUCGGGAAGGUUACAGCAUCAAACCCACAAACUAGCGCAAGUAUAGUCUAUGCAAUCAGCAGUGGGGAUCCAGAUCAGAUUUUCAGAAUUGAUGCGGCAAGUGGGAACCUUUUCACCAACCGUAAAGUUGACCGGGAAAAGCAUCAAAAGUUUUCUCUGAAGGUUAUCGCAAAAGCUGGGUCAAUGUUUGGAACAACAAUGGUGAAUAUUACUGUGAAGGAUAAGAAUGAUAACUCACCGGAAUUCGGUUUGUUGUCAGUUGAUGCAGUCGUCAUGGAGAACUGGCCUGUGGGACAUGAGGUGUAUCAUGCUCAAGCAAUUGAUAAAGACCAAGGACCAAAUGCCCUAGUGAAAUACACACUGAUCCAGGACCCUGAUAAUGCCUUCGGUAUUGACCCAGACACCGGCAUAAUCUUCCUGAACAAACCAAUCAUAAUUGAAACCAAGAAAUCAUUCCAGUUACAAGUGAGUGCAGUCGAUAGUGGAACUCCACCGAAAUCUUCCACGAUGCAAGUACGGCUUACUGUUCAAGAUGUCAAUGAUCACACACCAACUUUCACUCAAGACAAAUACGAGAUUGCCAUUUCUGAGUCUCUUGAAGUAAACACCCGUUUUUAUGCCGUAAGUGCCCGGGAUGCAGAUGAUGGUCCAAAUGCCGAUGUGGCCUAUAGUAUCAUAAAGGGAAAUGUCAAUAAUAAGUUUGGUAUCUUUCCUGAUGGUUUCCUCUAUGUUGCCCAACGUUUGGACCGUGAGAACCGGGACACCUACAAAUUAGUUCUGAAGGCUGCUGAUAGAGGAACUCCACCGCGUAGCUCCACAUCAAGCAUCAUUAUACAGAUUCUGGAUGCAAAUGACAAUAAACCAAAGUUUUCCAACAGUUCGUACACCAUGUAUUUGUUUGAAAAUGCUGCCUCCGGUACGUCCGUUGGCACCGUCUCAGCUACAGAUCGUGAUAUCGGCCGAAACCAGGAGAUAAUGUAUUUGUUAGAAAAGGGCAUGAACGACUUUGAGAUCAAUCCAUCCACUGGUUUGAUCAUCAGCGAGAAGGUAUUUGAUCGUGAGGAAAUGUUACGCAUCAAAGGUCAGGAUUUUGUGGAGUUUACCGUCAUUGCUAUGGAUCAUGGUAGUGUCCGCCAACAGGAGCAAGCGACAGUCAAGGUCAUCAUUCAAGACCGUAAUGAUAACACACCCCGCUUCACUCAACAGUUGUAUGAAGAUAGCCUGUAUGAAAAUGCUAACUUGGAAACACAGAUUAUCAAGGUCUAUGCGGAUGACAUUGACAGUGGUCCAAAUGGUUACAUCUUCUACACAAUCACAAGUGGCAAUGAGGACAAUAAGUUUCAUAUCAAUCAAGGAUCAGGGCAAAUUAAACUUGUCGGAAAGCUUGACCGCGAAACAAAAGAUUCUUAUGAACUUGUUGUAACUGCUCAAGACAAAGCGCCAGUUAACCCUCUCUCUGCAACAGCGACGGUCAGGAUAAAGGUCUUGGAUUACAAUGACAAUACGCCAGUCUUUGGUCCGUCCCAGCUUCUUGCUGAUUUGCCAGAAACGACCAGUCCUGGGGAACUGAUCACAACGUUUUCAGCCACGGAUCAAGACUUUGGAAGCAAUGCUUUGGUCAGUUACGGUAUAUCCAGUGGAAAUCAAGUGGGAACGUUCAAUCUGGAUGCAAACACUGGUAGACUUUACCUUGCGAAGAAAGUAGAUUAUGAAGCUACUCCGAAGUUCUUCUUGAAUAUCACUGCAACAGAUUAUGGUAACCCUCGCCUCUCAUCCACGAUUAGUUUUACUGUCAAUGUUAUCGAUUAUAAUGACAAUCCUCCAGUUUUUCCGUCCGAUCCCAUUGGUCGCCAGAUACAAGAAGGAAUCCGGCCCGACACAAGCAUCGUCCAGGUACUCGCAACUGACCCUGACUCUGGUCCAAAUGGGCAAGUGCGCUAUUCUCUCAUUCAGGAAGUUGGCAAUUAUUUCAAGAUCGAUGCUGUGACUGGUUGGAUAAAAACUAACGCAGCCAUCGAUCGCGAAAAGGAGGACAACUUCGUUUUGAAAGUGAUCGCUGUUGAUCAAGCACUACCUGCAACUUUACGGAAAUCGGCAGAGAAAAUGGUGAACAUCAUUGUCAUGGAUUCAAACGAUAAUGCACCAGAGUUCAUCUCUAUGGACGCAUGUGUCAUGCCAUAUGGGGCUGUCGCUGGGUCAAAGGUCACAACUAUCCAAGCUAUUGAUGCCGACACUGGGAGGAAUGCAAAUGUUUCAUAUGCUUUAACGAGUGGUGACUCAAACACUUUCACGCUCAAUGGAGAAACUGGCGACCUCUAUUUGAGGAUCAGUGUACCACAGUCAAAGCUGACAUACGAAUUGAACAUCGCUGCAAGAGAUCAAGGUAUGAGUGACCAACUCGGCAGAAAAUCAACCAACUCAAAAUUCACUGUCAUAAUCCCUGGUGACGGUGGCCCGACAUUUUCAAAGUCACGGUAUGAUGCUACAGUGACGGAGAACACUCCUGCCGAUCGGUCAGUUGUAACUGUUUCUGCCUCCUACCCUGGCAGCAAUGGAGGGUUGAUACAGUAUUUCAUCACUUCGAUCACAUCUGGUGGAAUAAAACAGCCGAGAUACUUCAAGGUGAAUCCGACGAACGGCAUCAUCAGCACGGCAGAAGUUUUGGACCGGGAGACGGGAUUUGAGGACUUCCUUGUUGAGGUUGUGGCAGUGGACAAGAGAGUUGGAACACCAAAGACAACGAAAGUUGAGGUCCAUAUCUCACUCUCGGAUCAGAAUGACAGUCCUCCACUCUUCACUUCACCCAGCUAUCAAGUGACCGUGCCGGAGAAUUCCCAAGGAGACCAAACACUGGCCAUCAUAUCAGCGAGAGAUGCCGACAAGGACCAGACGAUCACAUUUCGAAUACUCUCAGGGAAUGAUGGGAAAUUCCAACUUGAUUCUGCUUCUGGCGUCCUGACGACAACUGGAGGACUCGACCGCGAGCAGGUAGCAUCCUACAACUUAGUUGUUGAGGCCUCAGACGGUGUCCACAAGUCCACCGCUAUCGUCUAUGUAAACGUGAAAGACGUCAAUGACAAUGCACCAACGUUUUCGAAACCAAGUUACUCAUUUGACAUCCCUGAAAAUACACCAAAGGGGACGACAGUCUCUGCUGUGACGGCUUCAGAUGACGAUGCUGCUGAGAAUGGGGAGAUCACAUUCUCAUACGCAACGUCUUAUGGCCAGGAGGUCUUUGCGUUGGACUCCAAGACUGGCAUUAUUACAGUGAAUGGUUUCCUCAAUUAUGAACAGACUCCGCACUACAUCUUGAAGGUGAAGGCCACGGACGGAGGCAACCCGGCUUUAUCAAGCACUGUGACAGUGUACAUGAACGUGAUCGACCGCAAUGACAACUCGCCCAUAUUUGACCCUGUGACGUCCAAGGUGGAGAUCUUAGAGAACGUUACAACAGGGAAGAGUAUUGUGACUGUGAGAGCGACUGAUGUCGAUGCUGGUAAAAAUGGUGAGCUGCAAUAUUCCAUAGAGUCGGGUGACAACAAGGCCCAGUUUCGUAUCAACAGCAAGAAUGGUACCAUCUUCACGACUAAGCCUUUAGACCGUGAGGAGCAGGCCAUCUACACUCUGGUAGUCAAGGCAACGGAUCAAGCAGAAGACACGCGCGACCGGUUGUCAUCAACCACUCAGGUGACGAUCAUCCUGAGGGACAUCAACGACUGCGCACCAGAGUUCAAAUCUCCCAAUGAGACUGAAGUCACAGAGAACACGCCCCUCAACACAAUCGUUUAUACAGUCAUAGCGGAGGACAAAGACGCAGAGAGCAAUAAAUAUAUCACAUAUAAAUUGGUCACUGUUCCUUUUAAUGCAUUCUCAUUGGAGCCUCUCAGUGGCAAGUUACGUGUCAACGGGCCGCUAGAUCGAGAGAAAAUCACCAGUUAUCGUUUAGUUAUCCAAGCCACAGACCAGGGGUCACCAGCAAAGUCAUCUACGAUGGUGUUGAUGGUCAUGAUCAAGGAUGAAAACGAUAAUGACCCGCAGUUUAUUCCGAGCGAUUUGAAUGCCAAGGUCAUAGAGAACGAGGUCAUUGGGACGAGUGUGUUGAAAUUGACAGCGACUGAUUUAGACAUUGGUCUUAACAGUAUGGUACGUUACUUCAUCACCGCCGGAGAUCCAAAUCAGGAUUUCAAAAUUGACGAAUACACGGGAAUUCUCCGAGUUAACAAAAAACUGGAUUAUGAGCGAAUAAGUAAAUAUCAGUUGACCGUUCAAGCUGAAGAUUCUGGGAGGGAUACACGCUACGAUACGACACAGGUUUCAAUUAGAAUUUUGGAUAUUAACGAUUGUUCGCCUGUGUUUGUUGAUGCUCCAUACACAGCUUUCGUUCGAGAAAAUAUGAAAAAUGUGCCCGUCUAUGUGACGUUGGUGACUGCCCGUGAUGACGAUUCACAGUUCAAUAGUGUUCUCACGUACGCCAUCCGACGCGGGAACUCGUCUGUGUUUGAGAUCGAUUCAAGUACGGGAGAAAUAAAAGCCAAGAUAGCACUGGAUCGAGAGGAAAUUUCAUCAUAUUCGUUGACUAUCGUCGCCCAUGAUUCAGGAAUCCCUCGACUCAGCGGCACAGUUACCGUCAGUGUUUAUGUCAAUGAUGUCAAUGAUCAUGACCCUGUCUUUGAGAGAAGUGCCUACACUGGCUACAUCGCUGAGAAUAUUCCCCCAUCAGUGAGCAUCACUGCUGUACAGGCAUCCGACAAGGAUGAAGGCCUUAAUGCUCAAAUAAGGUAUCACCUGUUGGAUAGCAUGGGAGACCGCUUCACUGUCAACCCAGCCUCGGGCCUCAUCCUCACCACAGCAUCCCUCGAUCGUGAGCACCAGGACCACUACAAGCUGAUCGUCGUUGCCUCAGACAGCGGUAGCACUCCCCGCUCCAGUACCGCAUCUGUCACUAUCUACAUUGAAGACAAGAAUGACCACGCCCCUGAGUUUGAGCAUCGGGCAUACACAGGCUACAUCCCAGAUCAAACAAAGCCAGGUGAUUUUGUGAUAGGCCUGACUGCUGUGGAUCAGGACAUCGGCCCCAACUGUCAGAUUGUCUAUGCGUUGAGUGGCGGAGAUUCAUCCAAGUUUACUAUCAAUCGGGAUAACGGUGUUGUGACGGCAAAAGAUCUUCUGACGAUGUCAUCCAAACCACAGGGAUACAAGUUCACCGUUAGUGCUACUGAUAAGGGUACACCCUCCAUGGCCAACACAUCGAUGGUCGACAUCAAGUUCACCACAGCUACGGCAUCCAGUACACCAAUCUUUGCUACUGGCCAACGGACGUUUGAUCUGUCAGAAUCCAAGCAAGUCGGCCAGACGGUGAUGACAGCUCUGGCCACCUCACCUAUCUCAGCUGAUCCAAUCUCCUAUGAUAUCAUCGGUGGCAACAUUGGCGAGACAUUCGAGGUUGGCAUACGAAGCGGUCAAGUGAAGAUUGCGCUUGGUCUCGACUACGAGAUAACUCACAGCUACAGUUUAUGGAUUCGAGCCUUGGAUAGUCGCAACCCACCUGGCUCCUCUCUUAUGUCGAUUACGGUCAAUAUCGAGGAUGAAAAUGAUAAUCCACCCAAGUUUGAUCAGAGUUUCUACAACACCACUAUCAUGGAGGAAUUACCAUCAGGCCAAGGGCUUUUGACGGUCACAGCUAAGGAUGCAGACUCUGGCGUCAAUAAGAAUAUCUUGUUUUCCAUCAUCAGUGGGAAUACUGGCACCGCGUUCAAGAUUGGUGCUGACACUGGGGAAAUUAAAACUGCGAUAAGACUUAAUCGUGAGAUUUUGGAUCAUUACAGCUUGAUUGUGAAAGCUGCUGAUCAGGGUCAGCCACAGAAAACGGCCACAGCGACUGUCCUCGUUAACGUUGAAGACAAGAACGAUAAUCCACCUCAAUUCACAAAGCUAUUCAACGUCGCUAUCCCAGAGAACUCGCCCAAGGGAACCUUCGUAAUCAGGAUCACGUCUUCAGAUAAAGACAUUGGACAGAACGCUGUUGCCAUUUAUUCCUUCCGUCAGUCAAGUACAAAGUUCACCAUAGAUGGCAGCAGCGGGAAUGUAACAGUGAUUGGUGACCUUGACCGUGAGACGGAGGAUGAGUAUAUCUUGACAAUCGAUGCGACUGAUGGCUCGUGGAAGAUCUCCACCACCCUCUCCAUCCUUGUGACAGACGUCAACGACCACACUCCAGUUUUCUCAAAGCAAGACUACACCUUCUAUUUUGAAGAACUGCAACCACAGGUGGCGCUUGUUGGUGCUGUUCAUGCAAAUGAUUCAGACGCUCCUGGUGUCAAUUCUGACAUUGUUUUCUCAAUGAAACAAGAUGAUCCUAACUUCCGUAUCGAUCCCAACAACGGUCAGAUCUUCUCGAAGAAGAGUGUCAAGUAUCUCCAGGACAACACUGGGCCAUCGCCUAAAAAUCAACAUGCUUUCAUCCUUGUGGCGUCUGACAAGGGCAACCCUUCAAGGUCAACUGAAGCCACAUGUACUGUGGUCGUCAUCGAUGCUAACAACAACGCACCCAUCUUCCAGAAAGAUAAAUACGUCUCUGCCGUCCCUGAAAACGCCAACAUCGGCAAGACAGUCUUGCAGCUGGUCGCAGAAGACAAGUUAGACUACGGCAUCAACGCAGAGGUUGAAUACUCAUUAGGGAGCGGAAAUGGAUCAGAUUACGUCAGAGUUGACUCGAGUACUGGUUGGGUGACUAUUGCCAAGUCACUCAGUGGUGAAAAGAACAAGGACUUUACCUUUGUUGUUACCGCAAAGGACAAGGGCACCCCGAUCAAGUUCUCACAGACAAUGGUUCGCUUACGGGUUACAGGUGUCAACUACUACUCACCACGCUUUACAACAACCAACUUCCAGGUGACCAUCAAUGAGGAUAGCCGGGUUGGCCAUAUCAUCGCGGUCGUGAAGGCUGAAGAUGAUGAUACUGAUGACAUGAAUGGCAGGGUCGAGUACUUCAUCACCAGCGGCAAUGAGAAGGGCUUGUUCAAUAUGAACCAGAACAGUGGUAUGCUCACUAUCAAGGCUCCUCUUGAUUAUGACACGACACCGGUACAUCGGUUAACCAUUGUGGCUCGCGACCAGGGACUCAUAUCACGGCAGGUUUCACGAGUCUUCACCGUCUAUCUGGAAGAUGUCAACGACAGUCCGCCAACAUUUAACCACACUAAAUAUGAUGCAUACAUUGCUGAGAACUCUCCAACUGGUACUACUGUCAUCACUAUGAAGGCCUAUGAUGCUGACUCUGGUGCUAAUGCUAUCAUUGAGUACUCGAUAGUCGGGGACCGUGACGCUCAGAAGGUGUUCUCUAUCCAUACCUCAAGUGGAGAACUCGUAACCCAAGUCGCUGCUAAUCAGCUUGACUAUGAAACAAGGAACCGGUAUCAAGCUACAGUCAUCGCAAGCAACCCCAACAGUAAGAUGGAGAGUACUGUAGUCGUUAACAUCCAUGUGACCAGUGUCAAUGAGUAUAUGCCAAAAUUCCUACAGAAGGAGUACAAUUAUAUUGUCAGCGAGUCUGCUACUGUUGGCACCUCCGUCGGCAAAGUGUUUGCCUCCGACCAGGAUACUGGGGAAGAUGGUAUCAUCUAUUAUUACCUCGUCAGCGAGAGUAACAACAAAGGCUUCAGGAUUGAUCCGAUGACGGGCAAUAUCUACGUCACAAAAGCGCCUGACAGGGAAUCUCAGGCAACUGUCAUUCUUGACGUCAUGGCGAAAAAUCGUGGUCCGUUGCGAGGCAAUGAUGCCGAUCAUUGCAUCGUCAGGUUGGGUGUCCAGGAUGCUAAUGAUGCACCUGUCUUCUCUAAGGAUGUCUAUGAAGCGAACAUUACCGAAAAUGCCCAGUCUGGAUCGCGAGUGAUUGUGGUGUCAGCUGUUGAUAACGACCUGAAACCAGAGCACAGGCAGUUCUCCUUCAUAAUCCUCAACAAUAACCGUGGUGGUGUUUUCAGAAUCAAUUCUCAAACAGGUGAAGUGACUGUGGCAGGAAGACUUGACCGUGAAACGGUCUCCAUCUAUAAUGUGACGGUUGGAGCAGUUGACACAGGUGUGCCUCCUCAGACUGGAUCUGCCACUGUCAAGAUCACUAUAGAAGAUUUCAAUGAUAACGGGCCAGUUUUCAUCCCUCCUCAGCCGUUUGGCUACCUCACAGAGGAAGAAACACCGCCUUCUAAUAUCAUGGUUCUCACAUCUGUGACCUCUGACCCCGAUCUCCCACCCAAUCAAGGACCAUAUCAAUACAGCAUCCCGAGCAGUAGUCCUCUUGCAUCCAAGUUCAAGGUUGAUUCAAACUCAGGAAUUCUGACAGCGUUGGUUCGUCUUGACCGAGAAGCCCAGCCAGAUUAUUUGGUUCCAGUCGUAGUCAAAGAUGGCGGCACUCCACAGAUGUCCUCAACAUUGACAGUACGGGUUAUCAUGCGUGACAUCAACGACAGCCCAUCCUUGCCAAGGCCAUUGAAUAUCCUUGUCUUUUGUUAUCAGACACAAUAUCCGGUUGGGAAGAUUGCUGAUGUUCAACCUGUGGAUCCAGACAGUGUUGGGACUUACACCUGUCGGAAGACGCAGGGCUCUGACCUGUUUUCUAUACCAAGUGCCUGUGAUCUCCACGCCAAGAAGAUCACUCAGGGUAACAAGUUCAGUCUGAAAGUCAGCGGAAGUGAUAGUAUCCAUGCCGAGGUCUCCUAUGACAUCAGUUUGACGUACCAUCAGAUUGACAACAACACCCUAGGUAAUACAAUCAUUGUCCAAUUGGAGAACAUCAUCACAGAGAACUUCCUACAGAAUUCUUAUGUGAAUUUCAUGAAAGCUGUAGGUGAAAUGUUUACAAAGAUUGACCAAGUGUUGCUCUUUGGUAUAAACGAGGCUGGUUCACAUCUUAAUUUGUUAAUCGCCGUGAAGAAGCAAGAUGGAAAGUAUGUAUACGUUUCUAACCUAGAGACACUGUUCAAGACUAAUCAGGCGCAGAUUGAGAGUGAGGCUGGGGUGAGGUUCAAGGUGAUUAAUCUCAACCCCUGUGCAGACAACCCAUGCAUGAACGAGGGAGAGUGCAGCAGUGCUAUCGAUGUUUACACGGACACAACCAUAUCUUCCUCACAGUCCCUGGUGAUCACCACACCUGACAACAAUGGUGGUUUCACCUGUACCUGUCGUAAUGGAUUCAGUGGGCCGUACUGUAAUAUCUCUGACAACAACUGCCAGAACAACCCUUGUAACAAUGGCGGCCAAUGCCACACCCUUCCGGACGGCACCGAUAAAUGUGAUUGUCUGUCAGGUUGGGAAGGUGCCGUCUGCAGUGUCGAUAUCAAUGAAUGCCAGCGUAAUCGGCCAUGUCGUAACGGUGGUGCCUGCUCCAAUAAGCCUGGCUCCUACGAAUGUUCCUGCAAACAAGGCUACUCUGGCGAUAACUGUGAGGUCAAGAUCGACUAUUGUAAGGGCACAGUUUGUCAAAACGGGGGCACCUGCCACAGCAAGAUCUCCACCUAUGAAUGUGAAUGUCCAUUUGGGAAUGCUGGGAGAAACUGUGAACAUACUAGUGUCGGAUUUGACGAGCUUUCCUACAUGGAGUUCAAUAUGCUCAAAGCAACCGAUAACACCAUUGUUUUGGAGUUUGCGACUGUCAUGCCGAAUGCAUUACUUCUCUACAAUGUCGGGGAUAAACUUGCUGAUAUCAAGAAAGAGGAGUUCCUGGCACUAGAGAUUAUCAAUGGAAAGAUACGGUUCUCAUAUGCACUUGGUGACCCCACGACCACAAGAAUCUGGGUGCAGAAGACAGUCAACAACGGGAAGUGGCACCGUGUAGAGGCUACCAGACAAAGACAGCAAGGCUUUAUCUCUGUGAGUGAGUGCCCAGAAGAUUCCCUCUCAUGCAACCAGUGUCAAGACAGUUCCUGCCAGAACUCGUCCUCAUCUGCAACCUUUAGCAGCCUUAGCGUGAAGAACCCACUGACCAUCGGUGGUGUCCGUAACCUCCAGAUGAUCCUCAAUCACAUGCACCAAGUUGAGACAUACGACUUCGUCGGGUGCAUCCGGAACAUCACGAUAGAUGGGAAUGACUUACUGGCUGCAACGCCAUUGGCGACGAAUUUCACGACCAGUACUUGUCCAAGAUCGAAACAAGGUGUAUGCAAGAACGACACCUGUGGGGAGAAGGGCAAGUGUAAGGAUGUCUGGGGAACGGCUCGGUGCGAGUGUCCAGCAGGCAAAAUGCCUCCAGAUUGUAAAUCAGCCAUUGAACCAUUCUCGUUUGGUGCGAAUGCCCGAGUGAUCUAUACACCUAAGGAGAGCUACAAGAGAGCCAAGCAGUUUGAGGCAGCAAAGGCCAAUGCCAGAAGGAAACGUACUGUAUCUGAGAUGGCGGAGAAAGUCUCAUUUAGGAUCCGAACUCGUGAUGAUAAUGGAUUGUUAUUCUAUGUGGCCAGUGGAAUUGACUACACUGUCAUCAUGGUUUCUGAUGGUCUCGUCCAGUAUGGUUUUUGGAACAAGGGAAUUGGGGGAUCUCUUACUGUUGCAGAGGUGAAGGUCACCGAUGGCAACUGGCACAACGUGACCUUGAGCACUGCAGGAGGUCGUGAAGUGACUUUGGAGGUUGACAAGAAGAUCCAAGCGAAGACAUUCACUUCGUCCGUGCAUAGCUUUCUUGGUCUUGAUAUCACUGCAAUGUCAGUUGGUGGAGCAAGUGCUGUCGUCAAGUGGGAUCAACAAGAACUAAAAUCUUUUAAUGGAUGCCUAUCAGAUUUCAAACUGAAUGACAAGAUCCAGCCGUUCUCUGGAGCAACGGAUCGCUUCACGGUUGAAGCAGUGGGUGGAGUGGCCAAGUCUUGUCCAGGGCCCAGCGUGUGCAUACCAAACCCUUGUCCAGUGGGUAACAAGUGUGAGAUCGUUGGCGGUGUGUCUCAAUGUAUCCCACGUGUCGCAGCUUCCACACUCAAUAUCGGCAUCAUCCUGGUUAUCGUCUUCUUCAUCGUCUUGGUGAUCGCCAUCAUCAUCAGCGUUGUCAUCAUCCAGAGACGCCGCAUGAAUAAGGAUGUGCCGAAAGUCAACGGUAGUGUGAUUGUGAUGGGAAAUAAACAUGGGAACGAUAGUGGCCAUAGCAACCAUAGUUAUCAGGAUUCGGGAUAUACGGAAAACGGCGAGAUUAUAUCGGAUGCUUUUAUACGGAAUCAUAUCGCAGAGGAGCUGGCGACGAUGAAGUUUAAUGAGCGCAAUGUUGAUAGUCCACAUUCUCAUGCCCGUCCAGAUAUUAUUGAAGCAGAGAAAAUGGGGCGGCGAAUGAAUGCUCCGUCGCCGGUGAGAAUGGAUGAUGGCACUGUGAUCAUAGAAAAUGGUGACGCCAUGGGUUUUGAGGAAUCACCUGAACUUUAUGAUUUAGAAAACGCUAGUAGUAUAGCGCCACCUGAUAUUGACGUUGUGAAACAUUAUAAAAAAUAUCGGAAAUAUAGCGGCAAUCCGAACCUGCCAUAUUUACCUAGUCAUUUGAGGAAUAGUCCAAACAUGCUCAAUAUGAGUAGAGACAGUCCAGUGAGUGUCUCUAGGCAGAGUCCAAACAUCUUAGCUGAGAGUCCAAGUAUAUUAAAAAUGCAAAGUACGCCACUGAAUCGCCAGAGUCCACUGAAUAUGCCUGGUGGUCAGAGCCCCAUUCAAAUGCAGGGAUAUACAACUCCAGUUCGCCAGAGUCCUCUGGGGCACUUGUCGCGGCAAAGCCCUAAAUCCAUCGGUGCUAGUCCAUUGACAUUACCUAUGCCCUCGACGCAAAUACGAGAGAGCAGGUCUAAUUCUGAACAGAGUUUACCUCAUCCUGUUGGACGGAGUAACCAUAGCAACAGCUCACAGAGCUUAACAUCACGUGAUCCUCGUGCUCGGACACCUAAUAGACUUCCGAACGGCCAUCCCCCGAGACCAAGUAGUCGGGCUAACAACCGCCCGGCUAAAACGAAAUCUGGUCAUGUGAAAGGGUUGACGGUGGACGAGAUCAAUCGGUUGAAUGCUCGUCCAUUGAUGGCUACACCACCUAGUACUAUAGACGCUGACCAAUCUUCAACUGAUUUUGGUCCUCCGCCGCGCUAUAAGGAUAUAUUCGAACCUACUGGGCUCUUAGAGCCACCAGAGUCGUCAUCUGAUGAUGUUUCUGAUGACGAUUUCACAUGUUCUGAAUUCGAGUAUGACAAUCAUGAAAAAAUCCGCAGUGAAUUUGACACUAAUAUCAUGAUCUUCCCCAAGGUUCAGGAAGAGGAUGAGAAUGAGGAGAGCCCCAUGGAAUCCAAUCGGACGUUCUCUGGAGACGAGUCGGCGCGUGGUUCACUGAGCACGCUACUCGUCUCUGAUGAAGAUGCGCCCAAACAUGUGCAUCAACAUAAAAACUUAGGCGGGGCUUUCAAUUGGGAUUAUUUGCUAAACUGGGGGCCAAGUUUUGAGAAACUUGUUGGCGUUUUUCAGGAUAUUGCAGAAUUGCCGGAUGCUAAUGCCAUCCCUCACCAAGAGGCCAUCAAUGAUUCGACCAAUAAACAUGAAGAAUACGUGUGAUAGUUGAGUGGUCAUGUGAUCUCAGGACUUGUUUUCAUUGGCUCAGCUUAAGCAAUACUUAUAACUGAACCUUCAGCAGAUUGUGUUAAUUGCGUCCAUAUUCAGAAACUCAUUUUAUUUGUCACAGAUUUUAGAGAUAUUUUCAGGUGUAAAUUUUUUUGUAAUUAUGUACAGAAUGAUUAACUUUGAGUUGUGAGUCUCCACUUGGCAAUGCUCUUGUGUGUUAAGGGAUUGAAAUAAACCCUUUAAGGACAUUACUUUAGGAGCUUCGUCAGAAUACCAUCUGACCUCAGAAGGUUAACUGGAUGUUCCAUUGAACAUUUCAGCAAGCGAUAAUCUUUCAUACUGUAAGCCCUUUUAUAUUUGGCAGCCUAACAUUUAUUGCAGAGUGGUCCAAGCGCAAUUGUUAUGGGUGCAAAGAUGUUCAACUAUUGGUUUUAUCUUUGGAAAAUGCAGCCAUUUGAUAUCUAAAGUGUGUAUUUACAAACAUAGGAUGGUGAAAAUAAAGGGGUUUAUAGUUAUUGUAUUGUAUCUACUUAAACGACAAUCAGUCCACGUCCAUCCGCGUCAUGAUACAGUGAAGUGGCCUUUCUUACAAGUUCAUGUGUUGUAAUCAGCCGUCUCCCAACACGUUCCUGUCACAUUCUAACUGUCGUCAAUAACGUGACAUCAGUGUAUGUGAAGAAAGAUUGGUCAGGAGCUAAAACAGAGAUGAUUCAGCGCUGUUUCUUUGUUGAAAAGAUAUGAGGAACCUGUGGCUAACGUGACAGGAACACGUUGGGGAAGUGGCAGAUCUUGUGCAUAUAUUGUACAGAAGAUGAGCACUUCAUCAUAUUCGCUUUCAGUUUCUUACUGACUCGGAAGAUGAGUGGGCUAAAGUUUGCCUCUUAUAGGUAUUGGGUCAUCAGUGGGAACAUUGACUUUGAAGCAAGAUUUUAUCAGUUUUACUGUCAUAAGUUUUAUAACCGUCUACAAAACCUAAAUAAGGCUAGUUUUGUUACUGGAGAAGAAUUGUUGUUAUUGCUUUCUACUAAAUUAGUAGGGGAUUUUCAGUCCUAUUGUGUGUUUUGUAUUUAGAAAGAAUGAUGUAGCUUAUUUGGGUGUUCUCAUUAACCUUCUAGAAUGAGAUAGGGUACUUAUGUCCUGUGCACUGACUUGCCAUUUCAUAAUGGAAGUUACUAUGACAUACCAAACAGAAGCAUUUAUUAUUCAAAAGAAUGUGGUUAUUCACGGUUUUAUCUUUUUGCAUAUGUGUACCAAACGUUUGCUUGAAUCGGGAUUUUAAUGAGGUCAAGAGGAAUUUGCACCAAACCAUUGUAACAUAACUGUGUUCCAUUGAUAGUCUGAUACAUUUUCAUACAAUUUUCGUAAAGAAAAAUGACUUUAGACAUUUGUAAAUACCGUCCACCACUGCUGACCAUUCCUAAGUGUAAGGUAAGAUGGUACAGUUAUAGGCCCAGUACAAUUAUAGCCCAUACAGUGUAGAAAACAGCUGAUUGUACACAUUCAUGCAUACAGCGGCUAUAAUUGUACCAUAUUACCAUAUAUACUUGUAACCUUUUAAUACAUGUACAUGUAUAUUGAUCCAUCCAAGAGAAACAUUCCGGAUGAAACGUAGAUUAUUUUUGUAUUUUGCUCCAUCCUUUAAAAUGUAUUUUGCUCUCUCUCAGACAUCAUCAUCAACAGAGCUUGCUUAGUCCAUCUAUUGUGACUACUCAUAGACUAACUUGUCCACAAAGAUAUCAGAGGUAACAAGUAAAUAAUGAAUAAUACAAAGUUUUCAGCUGACUCUUCAAAAUAUCUGUGUUUAGAGAGAGUCAAAUGCUGGGGAGGCCAUUCCACAGCACAGUAGCUGAGGAUGUUCUCUUGUAUUGUCUGAACAAUGUUUUUUUAGUUUCCAAAUGUGUCUGAGAAACUUCGCUACUCGUAGACUAUUUUAUUCUGAAGAUCACAGCAUAAUUAUACAUGUAUAUAGCUCACUUUGUACGUUUUGAGAACCCAAGUCACACACAAGGAUUUUUACUUAUGUUUUAUACUUGCUGCCAGCUCUGUGAGGAUAUAGAGCUGUUAUUUAUGAAGAUGAACUACCACAAGUGUAAAAAAACAAAAGGUAACAUUUGUGAAA